UGCUCGUUUUUCUCCAAAUACGAAACUUUUGGUCACGUCUCUUCUCCCAUUGGCUCCAGCCAGCUCCUCGUGAGCACUUUCUUUACGAAAAAGCCAAGUCGAACAGAUUACUGCCUACUUUCCGCCCUGCCUGUUUCUCGAUCUACAUCCUAGCUGAUAUUACUCUAGCAGAUGGAACACCGCUACCAUGACGAGGGUGUUUGUCUUGGCUGUGCACAACAUCCGGUCUUGUUUCCACUCACAUGCCAUAGGAGGGCGAGUAUAAAGCCAUCCUGAGCUGGCUCCAAGGUAGACUAUCCUCACCAACCAUCACCACAACCACCACUUCCUUUCGCUUCAUUCACUCAACAACAACACCAUAAAAAUGGUUUCUUUCACCUCCAUCAUCACCGCUGCUGUUGCGGCUACCGGCGCUCUUGCCGCCCCCGCCACUGAUGUGUCUCUCGUUGCCCGUCAGAACACCCCCAACGGCGAGGGUACCCACAACGGCUGCUUCUGGUCUUGGUGGUCUGAUGGCGGUGCCCGCGCUACCUACACCAACGGUGCCGGUGGUAGCUACAGCGUAAGCUGGGGAAGCGGUGGCAACCUCGUCGGUGGAAAGGGAUGGAACCCAGGAACUGCCCGUACCAUCACCUACUCUGGUAGCUACAACUACAACGGCAACUCCUACCUUGCCGUCUACGGCUGGACCCGCAAUCCCCUUGUCGAGUACUACGUCGUCGAGAACUUCGGCACCUACGACCCCUCUUCCCAGUCCCAGAACAAGGGUACUGUCAACUCUGACGGCUCUUCCUACAAGAUCGCUCAGUCGACCCGCACCAACCAGCCCUCCAUUGAUGGCACCAGGACCUUUCAGCAGUAUUGGUCUGUUCGUCAGAACAAGCGCUCUUCCGGCUCCGUCAACAUGAAGACUCACUUUGACGCCUGGGCCAGCAAGGGCAUGAGACUUGGCCAGCACUACUACCAGAUUGUUGCCACCGAGGGUUACUUCUCCACUGGUAACGCCCAGAUCACUGUCAACUGCCCAUAAAUUCUUCUCAGAGGAUUAAACGAAUGGCCCUGAUGGCUCUCUGAACGACUGGAAGAUGACAGGCGUGGUUUUUGGUUACGUGCUGUGCUAGCUGAGCUGGUGGAUUCUUUUCUGUAUAUACUAUCUUUGUCAACCCGAUUUGUCUAUAGCUUAACAAUGUC